UUGUUGUAGCAAUUCGCCGAUGCGGUUACCUGUUAAAUCUACCUUGUGUCAGGUAUUGUUGUUUACAAUCUAGCUGUGAGAUUAUUGACGUGUUGUGUGUAUUUGCAAAUUGGAUUGUACUCAAAGCUUCGUAGAAAUGAUUAAAUACAUUUUAUGCCUUUCAAUUAUCCACUUGGUCACCACAGAAUUUACGGCUCAAGACUGUCGAGAGCUGGGGUUUUUAAAGGGUCAGCUUAUGUGUUCUAGUUGCGAGAAAUUGGAUGAUUUUGCUUUGGAAGCACUCAAACCACAUUGCAGGGAGUGUUGUACUCUAGAUCAACUGCCAGCAGCUGAUCGUCGGUACCCAAAGGCUAUUUUGGAAGUUUGUACUUGCAAGUUCCGUGCUUAUCCGCAAAUCCAGGCUUUCAUAAAAAGUGGGCGUCCUGCUAAAUUCCCUAAUUUAACUAUUAAAUACGUUCGAGGUUUAGACCCUAUUGUCAAAUUAUUGGAUAACAGUGGCACUGUCAAAGAGACACUUUCGAUUACAAAAUGGAAUACUGACACCGUUGAAGAAUUCUUUGAAACUCACUUAGAAAAUGUGGGUACUGUCGGAUCCAAGGCGUCGUUCAGUGUUAUAGAGGAAGAGGACGAGAGCGAUUAUCUUAAAACAAAUAGGGUGUGACGCUUGCAUAAAUCAUAGCAAAAAUUACCAUAGAAAAUAAAUGGAAUACAAAUGCUUAAAAAAAUAUGAUUGUUUUAGGAGCAAUUCAUUUUAUCAGGUGAUUGCCUACAAAUACAAACAAAUUAAAUGAUCUUUA